UGCUGAUCCUAGACGAAGCCGACCGUAUCCUAGACGAGUACUUCCAGGAGCAGUUGCACGAAAUUGUGAAGCAGUGCUCUAGGACUAGACAGACGCUGCUGUUCAGUGCCACCAUGACGGAUGCCGUCAGGGACUUGGCCUCUGUGUCGCUCGACAAGCCUGUCCGCAUAUUUGUCGACAACAAUCAGGAUGUCGCUUUCAAUCUCAGGCAGGAGUUUGUCAAAAUGCCAACCGCCAAAGGAUCUUCUUCUAUCGUGGCGAAAUUCAGUUCCAGGAGUAAGAAAAUUGAAUGGAUCGCCGCGGCAAGGAAAAUGAAAGGCAUCAAGUCCACCGAUAUAUGCAACAAGCUACCCAGAUCAGACGUCUACGUGAAUGAACACCUCUCACCCUACUACAAACGAUUACUAGGCUGGUAUCCUAACAGUAGUCAGCCACUUCCUUCUUCUCUGCCUCAUGUAUAUCAAGAAGAAUCACAGAAUCUGUUGACUCGGACUGAUGCACAUCACCAUAACACCAGACAUCGAGUGCUGUUUGACAUACCCAGGGUGCGCCUCCGAGAUCGCGGGUGUGCUACAGGAGUGCAGCUCUCCGCUACUUCAACAGUGAAGCAGUUGGAUACCAGCAAGUUCGGAGAGGUUUAUUUGAGAGCCAGGGCUUAUUAUGAUGUACAGGAAUUUUUAACGAUGACCGUCUCAAAUACUAUCUGGCUAACUUGCCAGAUAAGACAGAAGUACGAGCCAUACAGAGAGGCAAUCUGGCUUCGCUGUGUGCCGCACUUUCAUAGCAGCACAAUGGUGUUUGUGCAGACCAGAGGAAGCUCACCGUGUUCAUCAUGUUGGGUCUGUUGGGAGUCAAGUGGCCGAAUUACAUGGCAACAUGUCCCAGCCUCAACGUAUGGAGGCUCUCAGGAG